AUGCUACAUACAGCACCUACCCUGACACAUCCACCACCAGCACCUACCCUGCCACAUUCCACCACCAGCACCUACCCUGCCACAUCCCUCCACCAGCACCUACCCUGCCACAUUCCACCACCAGCACCUAGCCUGACACAUCCCACCACCAGCACCUACCCUGCCACAUUCCACCAGCCAGCACCUACCCUGACACAUUCCACCACCAGCACCUACCCUGACACAUUCCACCAGCCAGCACCUACCCUGACACAUCCCUCCACCAGCACCUACCCUGACACAUCCACCACCAGCACCUACCCUGCCACAUUCCACCACCAGCACCUACCCUGCCACAUCCCACCACCAGCACCUACCCUGAUACAUUCCACCACCAGCACCUACCCUGCCACAUUCCACCAGCCAGCACCUACCCUGACACAUUCCACCACCAGCACCUACCCUGCCACAUUCCACCACCAGCACCUACCCUGCCACAUCCCUCCACCAGCACCUACCCUGACACAUUCCACCAGCCAGCACCUACCCUGA